AGACCGUCGAGGUCAUGAAUUUAUCUAUUUUUAUUUAAUUAGCAAGAAAACUUAGGCAGAAUUUAUGAGUAUUAAUCUCAUUUCUGGUUUACAAUUACAAGAACAUUGAAUUUUACUCCUUUUUUGUAAAAGAUUUUUUUUUUUUUAAAUAAGUUUGUUUCAAAAAAAGUGUUUGAAAAUGUUAAAAAUAGUUAGUUCUAAAAGACAAGUCAUAGUAUAAUCAAACUUUAAUGUUUCUUAAUAUAUAAACACACAAAAAUUGGAUCUUUUAGAAACUUGAGAGAGUAAUAAAUUACACACGUCCGUAUUUCAAAAAUUUAAUCUGCCUUUACUAAAACAGUAUUAACGUCUAUAGUCAAAUACUAAUACAAGUUAAAAAAAACAUUUUCUCUAAAUUUUUGAAUAUGGGGGAGUAUGUAUUUUAUUUUAUAGUAAUAAACAAAACUGAAUUUAGCCGAGUCUGAAAAAAACAAUCGAUCAAGUAAAGUACAACGUUACAAUCGCGUCCCAAACAUUCUCUCUCCCCUUCCCCGAAUAAUUCGAACCAAAAAAGUAAAAAUUUCUCCAGAAUAAAUAUUCACACAACAACCAAACGAAAACCAAAACAAAAAAAAAAACGAAAACUUUGAACUUUGCUCCAAAGGAAAGCUCUCACCAAGAGGAAUAUUUUCUUCAAUCAAAUCAAAUCAAUCCAAAUGGAGUUCCCUCCCCCGCCUCCACCGGAGAGAUCAAAGCGCCUCCACAACUUCACCUUACCUUAUCUCCGAUGGGGUCAGCAGAGAUUCCUCAGGUGCGUCAAGCUACCUUCUUCCUCCUCCUCCUCUCCUUCUCCCGAUCGCGCCAAUCACGGAUCUCCCUCUCUUCCCGGAGCUGGAGGAGGAGGAGAGUCUGCUCAGCCAAAGGUCUCAGCUUUGGGGAAUGGAGAUGCAGCAGCAGCUAGGCCGUGGAAUCUGAGGACGAGGAGAGCUGCUUGUAACGAGCCUGGUGGAGGAGACGAGCCCACCACCACCACCACGAUGAGGAUGAUCAUCACAAAUGAAAUUGGCGGAGUCAAGAGAGGAGGUGGUGAUGGAUCGGAGAAACUGAAAUUCUCUGUUUGUUUGUUGAGAGAAGAGAUCGAAGAGGAUUUCACAGCGUUGAUUGGUAAAAAGCCUCCUCGUAGACCAAAGAAGAGACCCAGACUUGUUCAGAAGCAAAUGAAUACUCUGUUUCCUGGAUUGUGGUUAGGGGAAGAAGUAACGGCAGGCUCUUACGACGUCCCCGAUGCUGCUGCUGAAACAUGAUUGUAAGGUUUUCUUUAAUUUGGGAGUCCCCAAGUCCAUUCUACUUUUUUCAAUAUUUUCUUUUGUUGUAAAAAAACAAAGCAAAAAGAAUGUAGCAAUGUGCCCCCCAACAGUUUUUAGUGAAUGAAGCCAUUUUACUUUGGUUUCUUCUAUUUGUAAAAGAGAGAGGGAGAGAUAACUGGUGUUUUUUUUUUUCAUUACCAUUAGUUCAAUUGUAAUCUCCAGCUGUCUUUUUCUGUUAAUCAAUAAUGCAGCUCUCUGCAACUUUCUUUA